UGUCACCUGAACUGGGCCAGCUACGAAAUAAUUCUAAUGAAAUUUCGUCAGAGCUUGGUUUUUAUCAAUGAUUUUUAGAACCAUUCAUUUCUCAAUAAUCAGAAAUAUCUAUGAUUGGAAUAUACUGAAACAUAUAAAAUAAACUCGCAUCAAUUCAAAUCAUUCAUUAACGAUUAAGAGUUUGAACAGCUUCAAUCAUGAAUUCCCUUCUAGUCAUUUUAGCAGCUUGUGUUGCAGCAGUUUUGGCCUUCCCUCAUCAUGAACAUCAUGCUCCAGCCCAUUAUAAAUUCGACUAUGGCGUACAUGAUCCACAUACUCAUGAUAUAAAAUCUCAAUGGGAACAUAGGGAUGGAGAUCACGUGAAAGGAGCUUACACCCUGAAAGAAGCUGAUGGUACCACCAGGUUGGUGGAAUACACUGCAGGACCUCAUUCUGGAUUUAACGCUGUUGUGAAGAGAAUAGGUCAUGCUCAUCAUCCAGCUCAUUAUGGUCAUCAUGGAGGUGCUCAUCAAGGUGGACAUGGAGGAGACAGCUUUGUUGGAGUGACUCAUUGGGGUUUCCAACAUGUAAUUCUAGCCGGCUGUGCUGUGGCAGUAUUAGCUGUUCCCCACCAUGAACAUCAUGCACCAGCACAUUACAAAUUCGACUAUGGUGUACAUGAUCCUCAUACUCAUGACGUGAAAUCUCAAUGGGAACAUAGAGAUGGAGAUCACGUAAAAGGAGCUUACACCUUGAAAGAAGCUGAUGGUACCACCAGGUUGGUGGAAUACACUGCUGGACCUCAUUCUGGAUUUAACGCUGUUGUGAAGAGAAUAGGUCAUGCUCAUCAUCCAGCUCAUUAUGGUCAUCAUGGAGGUGCUCAUCAAGGUGGACAUGGAGGAGACAGCUUUGUUGGAGUGACUCAUUGGGGUUUCCAACAUUGAUUUAAGCGAUAUAAUUCGUAACCGAUUUGUAUAUUUUGUUGAUCAUUUUGUUAUUUCAAUAAUUGUAUUAUUUUUUUA